AGUUAUCUCGUUCCUAUUCUCUAUGAGUCCCGAGUCGAAGUUUUUCGACAAGUACGCCCCCCUCUUCCAGACACACGCCAACGGCGAGGAGCCUGAGUAUGAACUCCUUUCGAAGGAGGGUGUCUCCGUGGUUAAGGGACCUGAUGGACUCGACUUCCUUAAGGUUGACCCUGAGGCUAUUGCCAAGCUCACCCAGACCUGUAUCAAGGAUGUUGAGCAUUACUUCAGAAGCGCCCACCUCGCGCAGGUCCAGAAGAUCCUCAAGGACCCCGAGGCUUCUGCCAACGAUCGGUUCGUUGCUCUCGAGUUGCUGAAGAAUGCCUGCAUCUCUGCUGGUCUCGUCCUCCCCUCCUGCCAGGAUACUGGUACCGCCUGCGUAUACGGUUACCGGGGUGAGCGUGUUCUAACCGGUGGUGUUGAUGAGGAGGCCAUCACCAAGGGUGUCUAUAAUGCUUACACCCAAGACAACCUCCGUUACUCCCAGGUCGCCCCCUUAAGCAUGUUCGAGGAGAAGAACACUGGUUGCAACUUGCCCGCUCAGAUCGAACUCUACGCCGGUCAUCCUGGUGAUGAGCUCGCCUAUAAAUUCCAUGUCAUUGCUAAGGGUGGUGGAUCCGCCAACAAGUUCCAACUCUUCCAGAAGACCAAGGCCUUCCUUAAGGAGAAGGAGUUUGAGAGUUUCCUCAUGAAGGAGAUUGCUCACUUCGGUACCUCUGCUUGCCCUCCUUAUCAUAUCGCUGUUGUCAUUGGCGGUCAGUCUGCCGACCAGACCAUGAAAACUGUGAAGUUGGCAUCCACUAAGUACUACGAUGGCCUUCCUACCAGCGGCGAUUCCACCGGCCGUGCCUUCCGUGACCUCUACUGGGAGGAGAGGCUUCUCAAGAACUGUCAGGAGCUUGGUAUCGGUGCUCAAUUCGGCGGUAAGUAUUUCGCCCACGAUGUUCGUGUUGUCCGUCUCCCUCGUCACGGUGCUUCUUGCCCUGUUGGCCUCGGUGUCAGCUGCUCGGCUGAUCGUCAGUGCCUCGCUAAGAUCACCCCUGAAGGUGUCUUUAUCGAGAAGCUCGAGAAGAACCCCGCCAAGUACAUGCCUGAUUUCGUUGGUGAAGGGGAUGAGGCCGUGAAGAUCGAUUUGAACUUGCCCCAGAAGGAGGCUCUCGCUACCUUGAGCAAGUACCCUGUCAAGACUCGCGUGGCCCUCACUGGUACCAUCAUCGUUGCUCGUGAUAUCGCUCAUGCCAAAAUGAUGGAGAUGCUCGAGAGCGGUAAAGGUCUUCCCGACUACAUCAAGAAGUAUCCCGUGUACUACGCCGGCCCCGCCAAGAAGCCCGAUGGAAAGCCUUCCGGUUCCUUCGGACCCACUACUUCCAACCGUAUGGACCCCUAUGUUGAGCCUUUCCAAGCCAACGGUGGCUCCAUGAUCAUGAUCGGUAAGGGUAACCGUAGCGAUAUGGUGACUGAUGCUUGCAAGAAGAACGGUGGUUUCUAUCUCGGCUCCAUCGGUGGUGUCGCUGCCAUCCUCGCUGAUAAGAGCAUCAAGAAGGUCGAGUGCCUCGAUAUGGAGGACCUCGGUAUGGAGGCUGUGUGGAAGAUCGAUGUCGUCGACUUCCCUGCUUUCAUCAUUGUUGAUGAUAAGGGCAACGACUUCUUCAAGAUGGGCAACGCUAGCGAACAGAAGAUGGCUUUCUCCCACUAGGUCGUUUGCAUGCAGUUAAGCGCGUCAGUUUGACUAUUAGCGAAUAGAUGGUAUUUCCCUGACAGAUUUCGCGCGUGCUCUUCAUUGCGAAGAUCGAUGUGAUCUAUUUAGCCGUCCAUCAUUCAUAAUUGUCGGUAAGGCACUU